AUGGACUACGAACCCAUGCUGCUUGACAACGAGGUCGGCGGUCCCUCUGUCAAGAUCUCCAACACCGAGGCCGACCGCGUCGUUUUCAACCUGUCCAACUGCCACCUCUCGUUCGCCAACUCGCUCCGUCGCGUCAUCCAAGCCGAAGUCCCCAUUGUCGCCAUUGAUCUCGUCGAGAUUGAGGCCAACACAUCCGUCCUCGCCGACGAGUUCAUCGCACACCGACUCGGCCUCAUCCCCCUGCACUCCAAGGAGGCCGCGAGCCUGCACUACUCGCGUGACUGUGACUGCGAGCAGUACUGCGACAACUGCAGCGUCAAGCUGACCCUGCACGCCCGCUGCACGUCGGACGAUAUCAUGAAGGUCUACGCCAGCGACCUCGUCGUCGACAGCUUCCGCCAGAACAACACGGUCGGCAACCCCGUCAUCACCGACCCCGAUGGCCUCGGCUCGCUCAUCGCCAAGCUGCGAAGGGGCCAGGAGCUCAAGGUGACGUGCAUCGCGAAAAAGGGCAUCGCCAAGGAGCACGCGAAAUGGAUGCCCACGUCUGCCGUCGGCUUCGAGUACGACCCCCACAACAAGCUGCACCACAUUGACCUGUGGUACGAGACGGACGCUGCGACAGAAUGGCCCAAGAGCAGAAACGCCGACCAGGAGGACCCGCCCCAAGAGGGCGAGCCGUUUGACUUUGACGCCAAGCCCGGCCGCUUCUACUUUGACGUCGAGACGGUCGGCAGUCUCGACCCGGACCAGAUCAUCCAGGAGGGCAUCAAGAUCAUGCAGGAGAAGCUGGCCCUCAUGCUGCACACGCUGACGGGCGAGGCCGAGGGCGGCGGCAUGGACGGCGGCGACUUUGACGGCCCGCGGAGCCCGGACAUGAACAUGGACGGGCAGGGCUGGAACGACCAGGGCUACACGACGCCCUACAACGGCGGCAACCAGACGGCGUGGGGCGGCGGCUCGGCGACGACGCCGUACAACAACGCGACGCCCUACGGCGCGUCGGGCCAGUCGGGCGGCUGGAACUGA